AGAGAGAGAGAGAGAGAGAGAGAGAAAAUAAAUAACUCCACCAAGUACAACUCCAAUAUUGUACAUAUAGUUGCUAUGUUAUAUCAUUUAGGGAAUGGUAAGAAGAAAAGUUUGUUCAUGUCCAGUAUGAUUUUUUUGGUGCUGGAAAUUAAACCCAAGGUUUUUCGCAUGCUAAUCUCAUGCUACGAUUAAUAAAACAAAACAAAACAAAACAACUCCCCAAAACCCAAAGCUGCUGGAGAGAUGAUGGUUCAGCAGUUAAGAGUGCUUGUUGCUACUUUAUAUGCCCCAGUACAGGGGAACGCCAGGGCCAAGAAGGGGGAGCAGGGUGGGAGGAGGGUCUAGGGAACUUUCGGGAUAGCAUUUGAAAUGUAAAUAAAAAAAAUAUCUAAAAAAAAAAGUGCUUGUUGCUGUCAUAGAGGAACCAGGUUCUGGUCCCAGCACCCACCUGACUGCUCACGAUUUCCUGUAGCUCUUGUUCCAUAGGAUCCAAUGUCCUUUUCUGGAUCCCAUGGUUAAUGCAAACACGAGGUGAGUGCGCGCGGGCACACACACACACACACACACACACACACACACACACACGUGCAGUCAAACACUCAUACACAUAAAUUUUUUUCUUUUUAAUUAUGCAUAUUCAUGUGUGAGUAUGCGCACAUGAGUUUAAGUUCCUUUAGAGCAGAAGAGGGAGGUGGAUGCUCUGGUUGUAAGCCAUCUCUCCAGCCUUACCUUUGAGGUUUUUGUUUUCUUUUGUUUUGUUUCUAAUUCAUUGGUAGGGCCGGAGAGAUGACUCAGCAGUUAAGAACACUGAAUGUUCUCCCAGAGGUCCCCAAGUUCAAUUUCCAGCAAUACAUGGUGGCUCACAACCAUCUGUAAUGGGAUCCAAUGUCCUUUUCUGGUGUGUCUGAAGACAGCUACAGUGUACUCGUAUAAAUAAAAUAAUAAUAAAUAACUCUAAAAAAUACCCAAACCAAACAAAUAUGUAAAAUAUUCAUUGGUAAUUUCAUAAACACAUAAAUGUAUAUUUAGGUUACACCUACCCCUCCUUCCUUUUCUUCUUCAACCCUUCCUGAAUCCUCUCACAUUCUCCUCCUAACUCAUGUUGCUACUUCCUCCUCUCCUUUUUCCUCUUCCUCUAAAUAAUGUACUGAAUCCAUUCAGGCUUCCCCCAUGCCCAGGAGUAUAAGGCGUCAUCCACUGGAGCAUGGCCAACUGACCACCAACCACACCACUGAAGAAAACUGCCUUUUGCUUUCCCCCAGAAUCCAUCAACUGGCAGUAGCUCUUUGAGCUAGACAUGAGUUGAUUGGUUAACUUUUUUGAUACAGGGUCUUUCUAGGCAGCCCUAGCUAGCCUUGAAUUUCUGUUUCCCCUGGCUCAGCAUCCUCAGUGCUGAGAUGGUGGUCUUUACUCACUGAACAUUUCCGUCCAGUGUUGGUUGAAUCUGAGGAUGUCGAUUUGUGGAUCUGCAGAACCAGCUGUUUGGACUGUACAGCAUGGCUUGUUGGGCAGAGAAAGGAAAGAGAUACGUGUCCAGGCUCCUAUCUCUGUUGAACGCUCUUGGGAUUCAUGGGUUAUUCAUUUAGUAACUGGAGACAGGAUGUACCAGAGAAGAGGGAGCAACUGCCUGCUUUCUGUGCAGCUUGUAGUCCUGGGUCUGUGCAUGUUCAGAGCAAAAUGAGAAGCAAUGCUGUGGCUUCAGGGGACCAGUCCGUUUGGAGCAAAAUCCUAACAGGAGCUGUACACUGAGUACCAGCAGGACACAGGGCAUGGAAAGCCUACUCAGAUGGCCCGUCUUUUGGAAGUAGGUAGAUAACUUAGAUAUGGAGGGCAACCAUUUCAGGUGCCAAUUGAGUAGUGGCAGCAAAACAAUGAUGAAACAAUUCAAGGCUGCUCAUGGUGAUGCCUGGAGUCUCAGCUUCAUGGGAAGCUGAGGUGAUCAGUAUUGAGAACUGAACCUAGGGCCUUGCACAUGGCAGGCCAGGAUCCUACCACUGAGCUGUAUAGCCCAGCCCUCUUCAAAAGAGAAAUUCAUUUUCAUCUUUGAUUUUUCUUAUGUUGUGUGUGUGUCUACAUGUGAGUGCAGGUGCCAGUGAGACCAGGAGAGGGCAUUGAUCUUCUGGAAUUGGAGUUACAAUCUUUUUAAAAAAAGAUUUUAUUUAUUUAUUAUAUAUAAGUACACUGCAGCUGUCUUCAGACACUCCAGAAGAGGGAGUCAGAUCUUGUUAUGGAUGGUUGUGAGCCACCAUGUGGUUGCUGGGAUUUGAACUCAGGACCUUCAGAAGAGCAGUUGGUGCUCUUAAUCACAGUGCCAUCAUCACUCCAGCCCCGAGUUAUAGCAGUUUUGAGCUACCUGAUGUGGGUGCUGAGAACAGAACACUGGUCCUCUGCAGGAGCAAAGUGCACCCUUAACCAAUGAGCCAUUUUCCAGCCUCUGCCCACUAGCUCUCAUUUUAACCUUUUAUUUUGAGGCAGGGUCCCACUAAGUUGCAGGUGCUGGCCUUGAAUUUGUAACAACCCCCUUUCCUCAGCCUCGGGAGUAGCCCAUAUUACAGGACUGCUGCAGGCUGGGUCAGAAGCCACAAUUUCUAAGCUGCUUUGUAACUUCCAAGUGUUUUGUUGCUAAACAGAUUGGCAGGUUUUAUAUUUACAUGCAUUUUAUUUAACUAUGAAAACUACAAUAUCCACUCUGGAUACCUUAAAGAAAAGGAAGUCAAUAAGGUGAAAUAGAUAUGGGCAAGUAUAAAAAAGGGAUGCAGAGUCUGAGGUUUCACUUCAAAAGAGAUCAAUGAACAAGCUGGGCCCAGAAUGUUAUAUUUGUUUCCCAAGCCAUCCUAUCUUUACCCUAUUGCUGUCCUGGUCAUGCAUACAAAAUAGCCACAUUAGUUGGUUGCCCACUGUUUGCCAGACACUUGCUGAUUUUGUUCUUGUGCAAAGUCGACUGUGGGCGUCUUCAGGCCGUACACCCAACUAUUGUGGUUUGUGGGACUAGCCUAACGGUGCCUUUUCAAGAGUUCUUCAUACAAUUGACAUUCAGCAAAAAUGUUUUGAGCGCUGCAACAGCCCUCAGUUGCUUGAGAUGAUCUCAGUGAGAUAAAGGGAGAGGCUGGAGGCAGAAAACCUUAUAGGUGUGCAGUAUUUCUUUCCCCCUACCCUGUCUCUAACCACCACUCUGGUGUAUGAGUUCGAAGGCCUUAACCGUUUGCUGCUAGGGCAUGAAAAUUGAAUCCCAUUCGGAGCAGGGUCUCAAGCAUUCUCCUCUGACACCGCCCCUCCCCUGACUUCUGAGCUGCAAUGUUCAUUCCUUCACCCCACCCACUCCUUUUCCAGACUCCUCCCUCACCAGAUCUGGUCUCCUCUGUCCCCCGCAGAGACGCGAUGAGCAGCCACGGCAAUAGUCUGUUCCUGAGGGAGAGCGGUGCCGGUGGGGGCUGUCUGCAGGGCCUGCAGGACAGCCUGCAGCAGAGAGCACUGCGCACGCGCUUGCGCCUGCAGACCAUGACCCGAGAGCACGUGAGGCGCUUCCUGCGCCGGAAUGCCUUCAUCUUGCUCACAGUCAGCGCUGUGAUCAUUGGUGUCAGCUUGGCAUUUGCCUUGCGCCCGUACCAGCUCUCCUACCGCCAGAUCAAGUACUUCUCCUUUCCUGGUGAGCUGCUCAUGAGGAUGCUGCAGAUGCUGGUGUUACCCCUCAUUGUCUCCAGCCUUGUCACAGGUAUGGCAUCCCUGGACAACAAGGCGACAGGGCGGAUGGGAAUGCGGGCAGCUGUGUACUACAUGGUGACUACAGUCAUUGCAGUUUUCAUCGGCAUCCUAAUGGUUACCAUCAUACAUCCUGGGAAGGGCUCCAAGGAGGGGCUGCACCGUGAGGGCCGAAUUGAGACUGUCCCAACAGCUGAUGCUUUCAUGGACCUGGUCAGAAAUAUGUUUCCACCUAACCUUGUGGAGGCCUGCUUCAAACAGUUUAAGACACAGUACAGCACACGAGUGGUGACAAGGACAAUUGUAAGGACAGACAAUGGUUCAGAGCUGGGGGCCUCCAUGUCUCCCACAUCCUCAGUAGAAAAUGAAACCAGCAUCCUGGAAAAUGUCACCCGGGCCUUGGGCACCCUGCAGGAGGUGAUAAGCUUUGAGGAGACUGUGCCUGUACCUGGCUCAGCCAAUGGCAUCAAUGCCUUGGGCCUUGUGGUCUUCUCUGUGGCCUUUGGGCUGGUCAUUGGUGGCAUGAAGCACAAAGGCCGUGUCCUGAGGGACUUCUUUGACAGCCUCAAUGAGGCUAUUAUGAGGCUGGUGGGCAUCAUCAUCUGGUAUGCACCAGUGGGCAUCCUGUUCCUGAUUGCUGGAAAGAUUCUGGAAAUGGAAGACAUGGCUGUCCUUGGAGGUCAGCUGGGCAUGUACACACUGACUGUCAUCGUUGGCUUAUUCCUUCAUGCUGGUGGUGUGUUGCCCCUUAUCUACUUCCUCGUCACCCAUCGGAACCCCUUUCCCUUCAUUGGUGGUAUGCUACAGGCACUCAUCACAGCUAUGGGUACCUCUUCCAGCUCUGCAACUCUGCCUAUCACUUUCCGCUGCCUGGAGGAGGGCCUGGGUGUGGAUCGUCGCAUCACCAGGUUCGUGCUGCCUGUGGGGGCCACUGUCAACAUGGAUGGCACUGCACUCUACGAGGCCUUGGCAGCCAUCUUUAUUGCUCAAGUCAACAACUAUGAGCUCAACCUUGGUCAGAUCACCACAAUCAGUCUUUCCUCCCGGAUUCCUGACUCUCUUCCCGUUUGCAGCAUCACAGCCACAGCUGCCAGCGUAGGAGCAGCUGGCAUCCCCCAGGCAGGACUGGUUACCAUGGUGAUUGUGCUCACAUCCGUCGGCCUGCCCACAGAGGACAUCACACUGAUCAUAGCUGUGGAUUGGUUCCUUGACCGACUUCGUACAAUGACCAAUGUACUGGGGGAUUCGAUUGGAGCGGCUGUCAUUGAGCAUUUGUCCCAACGGGAGCUGGAGCUGCAGGAGGCUGAGCUGACUCUACCCAGCCUGGGGAAACCCUAUAAGUCACUCAUGGCACAAGAAAAGGGGGCAUCAAGGGGUCGGGGAGGUAAUGAGAGCGUCAUGUGAGAAGCUUCUAGCUCUUUGUCCAGGGCGGAGGGAAGGGGCUGGGCUGGGAGUCCUGGGGACAAUCGGUUGCCCAACUGACUGUGGGCUGAACAUACAUGUUCUGUGUGGGUUCUCUGGGGACUGCCGAGAUAAACAAGAGGAAUGAAAGGUA